UCAUCAUCAUCAUCCCAAUCUCUCAUUCUCUCUCUCUCUCUCUCUCUCUCAACCCCCUCUCUCUCCGGCGGUGCUCGCAGGUCCCUCUUAAUGCCAAUCAAAUAAAGAGAGAGGGGGCAAAUUCAAAAUUUUCCCUUCAAAAUGCAGAACACUUUCCUAACCACAAUCCGCAGCCUCAAGCUAAUCGAUGGGUGCAAAGGCACCCAAGUCUACGCCGUCAAACGCCCUCCUCCUGCCUUCUCCUCCGCCGCCGCCUCCACCUCACUCCCUCCUCCCCAAUCUCCGACGCCGACCUUCUCCAUCCGCACGAAAUCAACCCAAAACCCAUCAUCAUCAUCAUCAUCAUCAUCUCAUCACCAUCGACAUUCUUCAUCCAUUAUUCUAGAUACCCUUUUACCUUACGGGCUUCCCUCCGCCGACCAAAUCGACCCACCCAUCGACCCAUUUCUUCGGCCCGUCGACCCGGUCGCCGCCUUCGCCGCUUCGUUUCGUUCUGUGGACAAUGUGGGCCCUGAAAUGGACGGUACCCACUCGUGCAAUUUGUAUCUUGAGCAGAUGUCGCUUGUUCGGGCUCUUCUCGAUGCGAAAUUGACGAGGAGGUGUUUGAGAUCGGCGAGGAUUCACGCCCCCGAUGUGCAUCAUAAGGUUGUGCUGUCGGCGUGGCUGAGGUUUGAGAGGAGAGCGGAUGAAUUGAUCAGCAAUGGGCCUUCUUUGUCCCCGAAAUCGCCCCUUUGUCCUUGCUCGGCGACGAGCCCGGCAUUGGAAUGUCCUAAAGCUGCAUUGCAGCCUGGGUAUUCGCCGGAUUCUCCAUUUGACCCGUGCCCGUGUAGAAUUCCGAGAGAAGCUUCCUUUUCUGCGCCUGCGAGCUUGAAGAAGAAGAAGAUUGAUGAUGACGAUGAAGGGGAUUUGUGGUUUUGUAUUGGGGAUGAAGAGGUGGGUUGUGUUAGGCAUAGCAUUGCUGCUCUUUCUCAACCACUGCGAACUUUGUUGUAUGGAGAUUUCGUAGAAUCGAGGAGAGAGAGGAUCAAUUUCACGCAGAAUAAUAUCUCGGUAAAGGGAAUGAGAGCUGUCGAUGUUUUUAGCAGAACUGGGUCGCUCUCAGAUUUCACACCGGAGACCGUUCUGGAGCUUCUUGGGUUCGCAAAUACAUUUUGUUGCGAGGAUUUGAAGGCGAAAUGUGAUGCGAAGCUUGCUGGUUUGGUUUGGAGUGUAGAUGAUGCUUUGCUUCUUAUUGAGCAUGGGCUUUAUGAGACUGCACAUCUUUUAGUUGCUGCUUGCUUACAAGCAUUCCUUAGAGAGCUACCGAAGUCUCUGAAUGAUCCAGAGAUUGCGAAAGUUCUUUGUACACCAGAGGGGAAAUCGAGCUUAGAGGCAUGUGGGCAUGCCUCGUUUGCUCUGUACAAUUUCUUAAGCCAAGUAGCAAUGGAGGAGGACAUGAAAUCGAAUAUGACUGUAAUGUUGUUAGAGAGAUUGGAGGAGUGUGCGAUGCCUGGGUGGCAAAGGCAAUUGGCAUUGCAUCAAUUAGGUUGUGUGAUGCUUGAGAGAGGUGAAUACAAAGAUGCCCAAAAGUUUUUUGAGCAAGCAGUAGCUUGUGGGCAUGUUUAUUCUGUUAUAGGGAUUGCUAGGGCUAAGUUUAAGAAAGGACAUAAGUAUUCUGCCUAUAAAAUCACUAAUAGGCUCAUCCAUGAUCAUGGUCCAGCUGGUUGGAUGUAUCAAGAACGAUCCUUAUAUUGUUCUGGUAAGGAAAAAAUGAUGGAUUUAAGCACCGCCACUGAAUUGGAUGCAACAUUGCCGUAUCCUUAUAAGUACAAAGCGGUUGCAUUGGCUGAGGAGGCUCAAAUAGGUUCAGCUAUUACCGAGAUAAACAAAAUCCUUGCUUUCAAGGUCUCAACAGAUUGUUUGGAGCUUAGAGCUUGGUUCUCUUUGGUUCUUCAAAACUAUGAGUCGGCAUUGCAAGAUAUAAGGGCAAUCAUGACUUUGGAUCCUGGAUACAUGAUUUUUCAUGGAAAGAUUCCUGGUGAUCAGAUGAUUGAGAUACUUAAGCAAUACGUGCAAGAGUGGGAUAUGGCAGAUUGCUGGAUGCAGCUUUAUGAUCGGUGGUCAGCGGUGGAUGACAUAGGAUCACUUGCUGUUGUGCAUCAGAUGUUGGCUAAAGAGCCUGGGAAUAGUAGUUUGAGAUUUCGUCAAUCUCUUCUUCUGUUAAGAUUAAACUGCCAAAAGGCUGCAAUGCACAGUCUCCGAUUGGCUCAUAACCAUUCACAACAUGAAUAUGAAAGGCUUGUUUAUGAGGGCUGGAUUUUGUAUGACACUGGUCAUAGGAAAGAAGCAUUAACCAAGGCAGAGGAAUCCAUUGCUAUUCAAAGGUCUUUCGAAGCAUUUUUCCUUAAAGCUUAUGCUCUAGCUGAUGCAAAUCUAGAUCAGUCAUCUUCAUCUUAUGUCAUCCAACUCCUGGAGCAAGCUAAUAGCUGUGCUUCAGACAAUCUUCGAAAAGGACAAGCACAUAAUAACAUGGGCAGUGUAUAUGUGGACUGUGAAAUGCUCGACGAGGCAGCAGAAUGCUACACUAAAGCACUUGGUAUUAAGCACACACGUGCUCAUCAAGGUUUAGCACGGGUCUAUUAUCUUAAGAAUGAAAAGAAAGCUGCUUAUGAUGAGAUGACAAAGCUGAUUGAGAAAGCUAAGAACAAUGCCUCAGCUUAUGAAAAACGUUCAGAAUAUUGUGAACGUGACAUGGCCAAGAGUGACCUUAACGUGGCAACUAAGUUAGAUCCAUUGAGGACUUAUCCUUAUAGAUACAGAGCAGCAGUUCUAAUGGACGAGGGCAAGGAGGAAGAAGCCAUCACCGAGCUCUCAAGGGCAAUAUCUUUCAAGCCAGAUCUCAAUCUACUCCAUCUUCGUGCAGCUUUCUAUGAUUCAAUGGGGAAAGCAGAAGCCACCCUAAGAGAUUGUGAAGCAGCGCUCUGUCUUGAUCCAAACCAUGCUGAUACUUUGGAACUCUACAACAGAGCUAAGAGUCGAGUUACUGAACAACAAAGUACAUAAAGCACUGAGAAUUUGGUUUAGAUACACACAAAUUUAGCAACUGACAAUAAUGAUUAUGGAAACAAAACAGAGAUAGACAAAGGCACAUGUAUAUAGAAGUGAACACUGUUACAGGAUUUGGAGGGAGAGAUGCUGCGAAGAUUUGUAUACAUGAGAUUUCAGCACGGUUAACUCCUGCAGCUGUAAAAACUGAAUAGCGCUCUCUGAGGUCUACAUGUUUGACUGUUUUUUGUGAAAUGUAGAUGCAAUACAAAGUUUUUUUCAUGGUGAAUUGAUGAGGCAGUGGCGGCCAUUUUCCUCGUUUUGUUCUCUGUUUGUGUUGUGGAAAAUGUAAAAUGGUUCGGAAGAGUUUGUGGUUAUUCGAAAUAGAAAGUACCAUGUAGACAUCUGUUUGAGUAUCUGUCUAAUUUUUCAGACAUGUGAUUAUCAUAAGAUGUUCUCUUUGAGACGCUUUACUAUGUA